AUGGGACAUCGUGAUACCUAUCUACUCUGUUCUGUUCCUUUGAAAGGGGCUACGUUAUACCCUUUGAAUUUAAUUCGAUCUCCGUCUAGGCGCGCGGGUAUGGGUAACAGCACAGCAGUGCUAUUCGAUUUGCCACUCGAUGGACACUCCCGCUUCACCGACGUAUUGGCCGUCGGGAGUGCGUACUUCGUACGUAUUGGCGGCGCUUUGAGCGGACCGAGUGAAAGAGCCACCGUAACGCGGAUUGCAGCGACACGACUUCGGAAAGACCGUGUUCUUCUCUUGGUCCCGGCUUACGAUGCUUCGGAGGAAAGAACCAAUCAGUCUAGCCUCGUUGCUGGCACGUAUGCCAACGGGUUAAGUCCUCCCAACGAUAUCGACGUGGCGAGUAUAGAUGCAUCUUGGUCGCGGCUGUACAUGGUGUCUCAUGCGCUCAGUGUGGCUGCUGUGCAACCUGCUGUCGCUACGCGCCCCGUGACAGCCCCAGUGAAGGCAAAUACUUCUGCGUAUGAAUUGCGUGGGAAAACUUUGACAAUCUUGCCGGAGCAAUACAUGGUGACCGCGUUGACUUCAGCCUUGGCGGUGGCACCCACCCAGUCUACCGAGAGGGCCAGAAUUUGCGAGCGAGAUGGCUGCAUGACGGACGUUGAGCCCGGCAGCCUUCAAAGCGAUCUCUUAUCGGAACGGUCCGUGAAGAGCGCCAUUGCUCGCUCCACCAGCGAUGGAAGGGGCAGUCAAUUAUUGAAAACGGAGGUAAAUCCAUGGCAUGUCUGCAUAUCAGCGACGGCACCUGAAAGCUCCAUAUCUCCAUGGCCCGUGCUCUGCUACGGGGUGAAUCCUCCGUCAAUCUAUGAGUAG